UUAGUGAAGAAGAAGAAGAAGAAGAAGAAGAAGAAGGAGGAGGAUGCCCCCCCCCCCCCUCAGACAGGCAGACCCGAGACGCGCGAGGAGGGUCAGGACUCCGGGUGCACGUGCACUUUUGGGGAGUUUAUGGACGAUCUGCUGGAACUUUUUGACCUUUGUAGUGUUGUUUGAUGUGUUCCCGCAUGAACUCUCUCUGACUGAGGGUUCUGGAUUAUUAUUCUCUAACUCCGACUCUAACUCUCCACCUGUUGUUCUGGAAGAGUCCCUGGAAAAACCCGAGCUCCUCCGAGAACAGGGGGGGGACAGGUGUGUUUGGGGGGGUGAUGGUGGUCCACGUGAGCAGAUGGCUCGGCGGGACGCGGUGAGGUGUGCGCGCGUGCUCCUGUACGCGCUCAACCUGCUCUUCUGGCUGAUGUCAGCAUGUGUGCUGGGAGUGGCUGCGUGGAUAAGAGACCCACUGAACUCCGUCCUGACUCUGACAGCCCACACCAGGCUGGAGGAGGCAGCUCUCCUCUCCUACUCGUCUCCUCUUCAUCCCGUCCUCCUCUCUGUUUGCUGCUUCCUCGUCAUCAUCGCCAUGGUGGGAUUCUGUGGCGCUCUGAGGGGAGACCUGCUGCUGCUGGCCUGGUAUUUCUGCAGUCUGCUGCUGGUCUUCUGUGUGGAGCUGGCCAGCGCCGUGUGGACCUACGAACAG